AUUCUUAACGGAAAACAAAACUAUUUUGCUAAAAAUAUUUUUCCAUUUUCUCUUCGGCCCCUCAAUUUUUCCCAUUUUGCCCAAACCACCCCCCGACCACCCAUUAACCGGGCACGACCGCCCCUUCUCCCACACCAGUAAACUCCCAACCACCCAGAUCUACCGAGGAGAACCUCAACUCGACCGGCUGAGACAGGCGCAAGAAGAACCACUGACGACAGACUCUCCUGCGCCGCCGUGGAGAACCGCAGAGACCAAGAGCAACCAAAACCUUGUCAGACCGGAUCGGAAGCACGCACAGACACCACGGCCAAGCCCAGUGAAACGGUAGCAAGGCUCUGACCGAGGGGAAGAAAAUGCGAAAUCUGAAAAUGCACUCUGUGCGGCGCUAGGCUAUUUGCCAAGAGAAAAGGUUUGAACAGUUAUAGUAAAAAGGGAAAGCAUGCAUAUGAAUUUACGAAAGUCUCAAUACUAAACUACUCCAGAAGCUAACACUGAAAAUCAUGUUCAAAAUGGAGUCCUCAUCAACUUCAACUCACCAACUCUCUGCUCACAACAUCGGAGACCUCAUCGAUUCCGUCGAUGCUUUUCUCUUCGACUGCGAUGGUGUCAUUUGGAAGGGCGACUUCCUCAUUUAUGGCGUCCGCCACACACUUGACUGGCUUCGAUCAAAGGGAAAGAAGCUCGUGUUUGUUACCAACAACUCCACAAAAUCAAGAAGCCAAUAUGCCAAAAAGUUCCAAUCCCUCGGCAUUUCAGUCAGCCAGGAUGAGAUAUUCUCGUCCUCAUUUGCAGCCGCUAUGUUCUUGAAAGUCCAUAAAUUUCCCCAAGAUAAGAAGGUCUAUGUUAUAGGCGGAGAAGGGAUAUUAGAAGAGUUGCAGCUAGCUGGAUUUACAGGUUUUGGUGGCCCAGAAGAUGAUGAAAAGUUAGCAGAGUUGAAACCAAAUUCUCUCUUUGAACACGAUAAGAGUGUAGGAGCAGUUGUAGUUGGAUUGGAUCCACGUAUCAACUAUUACAAGCUUCAAUAUGGAACACUAUGCAUUCGUGAGAAUCCAGGAUGCGUGUUCAUUGCCACAAACCGAGACUCAGUGGGGCAUAUGACUAAUUUACAAGAAUGGCCAGGUGCUGGGUGCAUGGUUGCAGCCAUAUGUGGAUCAACUCAGAAGGAGCCUAUUGUAGUUGGGAAACCCUCUACUUUCAUGAUGGACUUUUUGCUAGAAAGAUAUAAUAUAAGCUGCUCCAGAAUGUGUAUGGUCGGUGACGGAUUAGACACCGAUAUUUUGUUUGGGCGGAAUGCUGGCUGCAAAACUCUCCUUGUUCUUUCAGGUGUGACAACCCUCCCUACCCUUGAAGAUCCUUCAAAUACUAUCCAACCAGAUUAUUAUACUAGCAAGGUGUCUGACAUUUUUGACUUGAUGGCGUCAUUGGCAUCAAUAAGGUUGGAGCAUGUGGUUCUACACAAUGAAACGGAACCAACACAGAAAAGUAAACUCAAAUGGAGCAAGGAAGCAACUACACUUUUGAUAAGUGCAUGGUUAAAUACAUCUAAGGAUAACAUUGUGGGGAAUGAUCAAAUUUCUCGAAGAUUCUGGGAUCGGAUCGCAAAAUACUUCAACACCAACUGUAAAGGUGAGGAACGAAGAUCUGGGAAGCAAUGCAAAGACCAUUGGAACAAGAUGAAUCAAAAGGUGGUACGUUUUAAUAGCUGUUAUAAACAAGUACAGCAAGCACAUCAUAGUGAUUGGUCUGGUGAGCAAAUUAUUGAAAAUGCUCAUGAUAUGUAUAAAUCUGAAAAUAACAACUCAAACUUUUUGUUGAUGCACUGUUGGAGAUUGCUAAAAGAUGAAUCGAAAUGGAAUACAGUCUACCAACCACAAGGUGGUAAGAGAACAAAGUUGUCAGAAUCAGGGGAAUAUACUUCAUCGUCCAAUGCAGACAUUAGUGACCACGAAGUUUCUGAAGUGCGCCAGAAGGCGGCAAAGAGAAAGGAAAAGGAAAAUCAUGAGCAACAUGCUACAUUUUAUGACAUUAGUGAACGGAAAGCAGAAGCAUUGGAGAAAUUGUUGGCAAUAGAGAAGGAAAAGACAAUGACAAAAUAUAUGGACUAUCUCCUCAUGGACACAUCGCAUAUGACUCCAGAACAAAAAAAAGAUCAUGAAAAAUUGUGUAUUCAUAUUAAGACUAAUAUUUUAAAAUAUUAAUUUAUAUGUAUUUGUCUCAAUGUUAUGUAUUAUUUUAUUUAAAUGAAUUAUCUUUUAUUAUAAUAUUUAUAUUCCAAUUGCUAUA